AGCCAAUCAGCUAUAAGGACAGGUAUAAAACCUCUGAUGGGUCUUUUAACAAAGAGAUAGAGGACUCGUGUGAUGACUUCCACCCACCAUGGAGCUCUCCCUGUGUUCUCUGUCAGUUCUGAUGCUAGUGGCUGUUGUGUUCAUGGUACCAAUGAAAGACAGAAGUGAGGAUGUGUUAAGCUUUUUGAAUGGUGCCCUUGAUGUUGCUCCCGCUACUCAAAGCACCUCAGGAAAAAUCAAAGGUCCUGAGAACACCUUUGGUAAACCAGCUCCAACCCCAGCAAGACCAAGUCCUUUAAGACCAACAGAGAACUCUGCAGAAAUCUCAAAUGUUACACAGACUGAAAACUCUGCUUGUUUAACAGAUGUUGUAGACUCAGAUGCCAGAUCCAAAGAGAAAUGCAACUCCGAUGAUCUUACAGAUGCAGAACGAUCUGAAAGUAACUCCGCAGAAAGCAGAGAGGAUUAUGAUGACUCUCUGGGAUCUAAUACAAAGAUUACACAAACUGUGACAGACGACAGUAGCAGCGACGAGACUGACAGUUCUCCUCCAAGUGAUGUGAGAAAAUACAAACAACCUCCAGGAAGGAGAACCAUAAACCCAGACCAUGUCGACAGCAUGCAGACAACCACCAGGCAGGAUCCAACCAAUGGGAGCGAGGAGCUGGAUAGAGAGACUCAGAGGGACCCCACAGUGGGGAGAGAGAGAACCAGCAGAGUGCUCAUUGAUCUCAACAGUGAAGAGGAUGUGAUGGUGGGCUGUCAGGGUACUGUCUGUGUGCCCGGAGAGCAGGGGACUACAGUCAAUGGAGAAACCAGAGAUGACAUCAGCACUGAGACGAACCCAGUCGUGAUUGGUUAGCCUCCAGGAGCCCCAGCCAGGAGCCCCAGCCAGGAGCUCCAGCCAGGAGCCUGUCAGUGCCAGAGGCUUCCUCCAGGUAGAGUUGGCUCAGCUCUACCCUGCAGGGCCUGUAAAUCUCCCUGCCUCUCACUCGUGUGUCGUCUCCCUCAAGCUCCACCGACUCUACCAGACCGCAGAGUCCCUCUCACACUUAUAUUCAUGACAGAGACGUCAGUACAUCUGUGGAUAUUUACCACCAAUUUUUCACUUGAUCUUGAAAUGGUAUAAAUGGUAUUCUGACAGCAGCUGUGCCCCCUGGUCUUAUUGCCGGUAGUCAAUUUGAAUUGUAGAUGAAUGGAAAUAAGAUGUUUGGCUCCAAUCUGAUCUGAUCAAUCUGAUGAAAUAAAGGUUUCUCAUAAAG